UACGUAUAUUCACACAGCAAUUUAUUUUUUAAAUUUAGAAUUUUCAAUUUUAGUUUGCAAAUUACAAUCGAAUAAUUUUUAGUAAAUUGUAUCUCAAAUGGUCCAUUGCUAGUUGCUGCACGAAGAGGAGGAGAUACUGUUUUCUGGCUUGUUAUUACUAUUAUCUCUGAAGGUUCGAUUUUGUUGGUUGCAACAAAUUAGGGUUUGUCGGUUAAUUUCACAUCCAAUUAGUUGAUUGGAAUUGUUUAGUUCUCUGCAGAAUACUGAUGACAAAAUGAUAAAUCAAGGAGGCAGUGCUAUGAACACCGUGACUGCGUUCGAGCCCAUCUCACAGGAGAAACACCAGGUUGUUGAUGGAAAUCAACAUUAUACAUCUUCCUAUUAUGCUCCUCCUGGAACUGCAUCAGCAUCAUGGACUUCUCAUGGGGUGGAUAGCUACGCCACAAAGACUGGAGUUGGUUCCAAUUCCAGUUAUGACCAUGAUCAACGAGCAGGGAUGACUUCUGGGAAUGUUCAAGAUGGCCCAAGUGUGACAUCUACUAGCACUACAAAUUCAGGAGUGACAAAUGUAACUCAGGAUUAUAGUAGUUAUCCCACCUAUCCGAGCACUGAUCCAUAUGGCUACAACACUGCAGGAUAUGCUGGUUACUACAAUGGCUAUCAACAGCAAUCUAAUCAACCUUAUCCCCAACCGAAUGGAGCAUAUCAAAAUACAGGUGCUUAUCAGCCUCUUUCCUCAUAUCAGAGUACUGGAUCUUAUGCUGGAGGUACAAGUUUUUCAAGCACUUAUUACAGUAAUACUGAUUAUCAGACAUCUGGAGGUUACCCCAGUGGUGGAGGCUACCCAAGUGGUGUCUAUAGUAAUCAGUAUGGGCAGUAUGCUCCAUAUCCUUCUCAUCAGUAUCCUAGUUCAGACUCUUCUCAUCUGUACCAUAGUUCAGAUUCAACUGCUAGCUACAGUUCUACGACUGCUGUUUCCAGUUCACAAUAUCAGCAACAGUAUCAGCAAUGGGCAGGCUACUACAACCAAACUCAGACAGAAGUCAGCUGUGCUCCUGGAACAGAAAACCUUUCUGUUUCCAAUGCAUCUAGUUUGAGUUGUUCUGUUCCAGGUGUUAGUGGUGGAUAUGCAACUUCAAAUAACCAAACACCAGCACCUUAUGUUCCACCACCGAAGCCAGAGUCUGAUACUUCUGAAUUGCCUACAGUGCAGUCUGCUGCAAUAAGUGACAGUGCCCAUGAUAGUUACUGGAAACAUUGGGCUCCAGCUUUCCAAAAUCAACAGUCAAGUUCAGUGCAAGUUCACAUUCAAAAUCCAUCAGUUUCAACUCCUUAUGAUAACUUUCAGAAUCAACAGACAUCCACAAUUGCUCAAGGACCAAAUGUUCAGUAUACUGCUUCUCAUCAGAUGACUCCUACUAACCCUAAUUAUCAGUCAAGCUUGCAAAACAUUCAUCAAACUGUCCCACAAACAGUUCCACCAGAAGAUACACGCAGGGUAAGCAAAUUGCAGAUUCCAACAAAUCCUAGAAUAGCUUCAAAUUUGGGCUUGAAUUUACCGAAAACAGAUAAGGAUAGCUCUACAACUACUGCAGCUGCAAAACCAGCCUAUGUCAGUGUUACUUUGCCUAAACAGAAUGAGAAAGUCUCAUCUCAAGCUACUGAUUCCAUUCUCAAGCCUACUGGGUUUCCAAAGUCAUUGCGUGGAUAUGUGGAAAGGGCUUUAGCUCGUUGCAAAGAUGAUGCACAAAUGGCAGCUUGCCAAGAUGUCAUGAAAGAGAUCAUCACGAAAGCUACUGCUGAUGGUACACUUCAUACAAGAGAUUGGGAUACUGAACCUCUUUUUGCAUUGCCUAAUACAGAUGGAGUGACAAAGGAGAGUCUACUGUGUUCAACCCCAACUUCUUCAUCUUCAAAGAGUAAAAGAAGUCCUAGUAGGCGAUCGAAAAGCCGGUGGGAGCCUGUAUCUGAAGAGAAACAAAUUGACAAACAGGCAUCUGUUACUCCUCACACUAUGAAAUAUGGAAGUUGGAAUAAACAGCAUUCAAGUGGAAAGACAGAAAGCAAGGUGCAUUCUUCAGCUCAUGUGAAGUUCUCCUUAUCAUCAGAACAGAAGUCCCCCAGCACGUUUUCCUUUAGGUCUACCAAGAGGCAGCGUCUUGGUGAUAGUAUGAAUGCAACUGAUAAUGGUGAAGCAUCUAGUGAUAGUGAUAAGGAACAAAGUUUAAUGGCAUAUUACUCUGCCGCUAUAGCUCUAGCAGACUCACCAGAGGAAAGGAAGAGAAGGGAAAACCGGUCAAAGCGUUUUGAAAAGAGAAAUGGUAAUCAAGCUGAAAGAAACAAUUUUAGCCCAAAAAGUGUUGGAGCUGGAAAUGUUUACUCUAGACGGGCAACUGCAUCAGUGCUUAGUAGAACUUUUGAGGAAAAUGGCAGUGUAGCUGUUGAAGAUAUUGACUGGGAUGCUCUUACCGUCAAAGGAACCUGCCAACAAAUUGAAAAACGUUAUCUACGGCUUACUUCUGCACCAGAUCCUGCCACGGUAAGACCUGAAGAAGUCUUGGAGAAAGCUCUACUUAUGGUUCAAAAUUCCGCAAAAAAUUACCUAUACAAAUGUGACCAAUUAAAAUCUAUACGUCAAGACCUUACUGUACAACGCAUACGUAAUGAGCUGACAGUUAGGGUUUAUGAAACACAUGCUCGAUUAGCGAUUGAAGUUGGAGACUUGGCAGAAUUUAAUCAGUGUCAGUCACAACUGAAAACACUAUAUGCAGAAGGAAUCAAUGGAUGUCAUAUGGAACUUGCAGCAUAUAAUUUACUUUGUGCACUUCUGCACUCCCACAACAAGAGAGAUCUCCUAUCGACAAUGUCAAGAUUAUCAGCUGAAGCUAGGGAGAACACGGCUGUUAAACAUGCUCUUUCAGUUCGUACAGCAGUGACCUCUGAAAACUAUGUGCUGUUUUUCAAACUAUACAGAACAGCUCCCAACCUCAACAGCUGUCUCAUGGAUCUUUAUGUUGAAAAGAUGCGGUACGCAGCUGUAAGAUGUAUGUCUCGUUCAUAUCGUCCUACAGUUCCUAUACCCUAUGUUGCUCAGGUUUUAGGGUUCACUUCUGUCAUGCCCACAACUGAAGUAAGUGAUGCGGAGAGAGAUGGUGUGGAGGAAUGUAUAGAAUGGUUGAAGGCACACGGUGCAUGCCUUACUUCGGAUAAUUCUGGAGAGAUGCAACUUGAUACAAAAGCAUCCACAUCAAGCCUUUUCAUGCCGGAACCUGAAGAUGCUGUGGCUCAUGGAGACGCGAGUCUUGCAGUAAGUGAUUUUUUGACCCGCAAUCUUGUUGUAUGAUUAAAAGAACCCUCAAAAUACUGUAUUCACUAUUCAGUAAUGGGCAUUUUGACUAGUUUUAGCUCUUCCUGUUAAAUCUUUGUUUUGGAGAAGCGCUCAAUUCUUUACCUGUAAGAAUUUAACGCAUAUAGCUGAGCAGAAAUCAUUGUAAGCAAAUGCAAGUAAAAUUGUAUUCUAGUAAUGGAUAUAGAGUUGUAUGAUUGUUAACGAAUAUAGCCAAUUUUGAUUA